GCGUCACGCCAACGGAGUUUCCGAUUUUCAGUAGAGAACGCGACGCUCACCUGGAACGAUGGCUUUGCACUGGACGCCGAUCGUCGUUUUCGCGGCGCUCAUACAUUUUUCAGCGUCUAGAGCGGUGAACAUCAGCAACACGUGGAUGCUGCCUGAAGAGGGAUUUCCGGUGUUUUACCGCUAUUUCCGGGACCGUAUAUCCUGGUAUGAGGCGGACGCCGUGUGCCAGUUCCACCAUGCAUACCUGGUAACCGCUGAUAGCAGUUCAGAGUACGAUGCCAUCAGAGCAUAUCUAAAAGAGCUCGACAUCACCGAUAAUGUGUGGAUAGGAUUAUCCAAAAUCCCAGAAAAACCUAACUUUACAUGGACGAAUUCCCAACCUUUGAGUGGUGAGGGUCACUGGCAGGAGACCAUAUCCUCAUCCAGUAACCCAUUAUGCGUAGCCAUGGAUCCAGCCAAGGACUUUUUAUGGAAACCAAUGACCUGUGGAGGACCAGAAGUAGCAUCAUUCAUUUGCGAAUUGCCAAUUCCGUCGUGGGCCCUCGGUCCCAGGGGCUGCCUUCUGACCGAACUGCCCUCGCUGACCGUUCUCUACGUCCCGGAACAAUCGUCCCUGGAACUGAUGUCCGAUUGCGGUCUGGACGGCACCAAAAGAAUAGCGUGCAAAGGCGAUGCGGACAGAGAAGAAAUCCUCAAACAGCUAACUUGCGCAAUACCUCACGAUGAUUUUGAAGAUAAAUCCACCAAACUUCUUGGAGGGUUUCCCACAGCAGUCUUCGCCCCGACAGAAAACAGCGCCCCCACCGGUAGAACCAUGAAAACUCCUAUAUGGACACUGAAUACCAUAGAAGUCGACAACGGAAUGCCUACAAGGCACAGGAGAGAGACUGAAGAUACCCUCAUAGCAGGAUCGACAGAGAGCACAGCAAAGUUACAUGCGGUCGAAAAACCUAUUAUCACACAAGAUACUUAUACAGCUACCAAUUACGAUACGGAAAUGACGACCAGUAAUCUACCAGAAUCUUCUGCCGCGGAGUCAACUUCCUUGAAAAUAUCAUCUUCUGAAACCCCACCAGAAGCUAAAACAGUCGAAGGAGUGACCACUGAUAACGUUACUCCUAUAAUUGAGGUAGCACAAAUAUCUACUACAGUCUCCAGUAAUGGACAAAAAGGAUCAAUCGAUAAAGAUAUAUCUGCUGAAUAUCCGAGUGCGAUAAGCCAAGGUCAACUGUUUAGUAUCAUCGAAAAUGGAACAAUGUUCGACAUAAUUGAACUAAACGCAACUUCAGAUCGUGACUUGAAAACUCUGGAAACUUCUACGGCGGAGCAAAAAACGGAAAAGAAGCCCUCGACUAAACUCACGCAACUUUCUGAAAAGAAUCAGAAAAAAUAUACGGACUCCAAGAACAAACCUGCUUCCAAGAAAGAUAUUUAUAAAAUGUCUGACCCUAAGAAUAAUUCCCAAAAGAAGCCCUACGCAAAAACUGAAGCACCACAGGCCGUGAAAGACAUCAGUAAAGAAGUGGAAAUAUUCCCAGUCAUUCACGAUAGUUCCCUGAAGUUGAACAGGACGUUUCGAAAAGAGGUGCCAAUGAUAAGAAAGGAAACACAAAGUGAAGAUAAUGUAAACACUACUGAAACCAACAAAACAAAGAAAGAAUUGGAAACAGAACCUCCAAACAAGAUAGACCCUAACAUCGACGCAUUGAACACAAACUUAAAAGCAAAUAACGACAGCGAGAUAAUUGAAGACUUCGAGAUCAAAAUCAAGCAGUCGCUAAAAAAACAACUGGAGCCAAAUUCUCUGCAGGACGAAGUUAAAAACGAAUUAGGUUCGGAAAUUACCGAGGAACCAGUUGAAAUUGACGAAACCGCUGCUCAACAAAAACCGAACAGACAAAGACAGCUCACCAGGCCCCAAAGAAGACCUUUCUACCCAUACUUUUUCAGUAGAGUAUUGGGGUGAACCGCCGGGGUUUGUAACAGCCCUGGACUGGUUUUCAGCACGUCUAGAAACAAUUUUAAUUAAAUUUUAUCAGUUGAACCUUUGGAAGAGUUUAUCAAAAGUUGUAGCGAUAUUACUUUAAUAGAUGUGUACUUAGGUUAGUUUAAAUUAGUGAUUUCUUAAAACCAGGGUGUUGAUUUAAUGGUGAAUAGAUGAAGCACUAUCUAGUUUAAUAAUUUAGUGAAAAGAGCACCAAUUUGCUGUACGUUCUCUGCUGCCAAAAAUAAUCAAGAGAAUUCGAGUAUAGACCCAUCUUUGUACAACAGUUUGGUUCAGGGUGGGUAGGAAGAAAAAAGAACAAAAGUGUUGAUCACUCAAAAACAGAUACCCCAUUGGAAAAAUAUUUGUUUUAUAACAAAUAUUUACAAAAAAAAGUCAUGUUACACAUUCUUAUAAUGAAGACUAAGGUUCUGAUAUCGUGACUGAUUUCUUCAAUUUGAUCCAUAAGAGAAUGUGCAUAGUAUCUUUGGACAUUUUUUAUAGUAAAAGAGGGACACUUUGAUUUUAAAGUUUAAAAAAUUAUUAAU